UCUGCUACCGGUGCUAGACGUCAAAGAUGGCUGCCCAAGUUAACAUGGACGACUGUUUCGAAAUUGUCGUCAGUAACGUGAGCUACAGGUGGCAAGACUUGGCCCGCAAACUGGGAUUCAAACGAGGCGAGAUCAAAGCAAUGGCCGACAAUAACGUGCAAUUUCCAGGCCCUAAUGAGAAAUGCUGGGAAAUGCUUGGAAAGUGGAUUAACAAACCGAAUAGGGGAGAGGAUCCUGUACGGGACCUGAAACAGGCACUGAUGAAUAUAGAGGAGCGACUGACCGCAGAGGCUUUGGAAGGUGUGUCUUUUUUUAUUGUCUCCAGCAUAGAGGGAGCGACUGCAACAGAAGCAGGGGCAAAAGUCUUCAUAUCCCACGCCAGCGAAGACAAGGAAGAGUUCGUGACGCCGCUUGUCCAGGAGCUUCUUAAACCCGGCAGGCUGCAGCAGUCCGACGUCUUCUACGACAAGCACAGCCUAAGGACCGGCGACCACCUGUGGAACGAGAUCGACGCAGCUCUGAGGGAUCCGGCGUUGAAGUUAUUUGUCUUUGUGAUCAGUAGGCACGUGCUCAGCAAGAAGCAGUGGCCCCAAUAUGAAUAUCAACUGGCCCAUGGCAAGGGGGUCAGGAUUUUCCCAAUCUGGCUAAAGCGCGAUGGGGAUGGUGAUUUUAGACAGAAGGUAUCUGAGUAUGACACGAUGAGGGAGCCAGACAAGCUUCUCGCUGUGCCCGUACAUGUGAAUGAGGUCGAUGAAAAGCUGUCAGGCAUUGCUGAUAAAAUCAUGGAACAGCUGUAA